UACUCAAAUACGUGUCUGUUUCUGCAUUUAAACGGAAUUAUUCGUCAAUUGAUACGAUCAUUUUCUAGGUGUGUUUUAUCUUAUUUUCUAUAAUUGUAAGUGUAAGAGUUUGUGUAUAAGGGUAUGGGUGUUGAGAAUUCCCUUUAGGGAAGGAGGCUGCUGAUGGGAGUGAAGCGUAAGAAUUACCAUAAGAUGUUCACCACAUCCCCCCUCAUCUUCACGUGCACGAAAACCCAACUGGACACGAAAUGCUUUUCUUCUCCUUGUGGUUACUGAGUAAUAUAGUCGUUACGGUAAAAGGACGACGUCAAAGUUCUUUUAUGUGUGUCCAUAUAGAUUUUACGCAGUGCUGAAUAAGCUUUUUGGACAUUUCAGGGGUCUGAAAGUAGCCACGAUGAACACAUCUCAACAGAUUCAUUUCUCCGCCAACUGGAAAGUUGAGUCGAUUAUAAUAUCUGUGAUUUUCUCCAUCAUCUUUUUGGUGGGCACCGUUGGAAACUGCCUCGUGCUCGCCGUUCUCAUUCGUAACGGGCAGAUGAACACAAAGACCACCAAUCUGUUCAUCCUGAAUCUUGGCUUGGCGGACCUCUGCUUCAUCGUGUUCUGCGUGCCUCUCCAAGCUACUAUCUACACCAUGGACGAGUGGGUCUUUGGACCCUUCGUGUGCAAAGCUGUGCACUUUAUCAUCUAUCUGACCAUGUACGCGAGUAUAUUCACGCUGGCAGCUGUGUCCCUGGACAGAUAUCUCGCCAUCCGCUACCCGCUCCGUUCAAGAGAGAUGAGAACACCCCGUAACGCUCUGGCCUCCAUCAGUCUGGUGUGGGCUUUAUCUCUGUUCUUCUCCAGCCCUUAUCUCAGCUACUACCGACAGAUGGAUCUUGAUGGAGCCACCCUUUGCAUUCCAGCCUGGAACAUCCAGCACCGUAGAGCCAUGGACGUUUGCACCUUCAUAUUCGGCUACCUGAUCCCAGUCCUCAUCCUCGGCAUCACCUACGCCCGCACCAUCCGCUACCUGUGGACGUCUGUGGACCCCAUGCAGGACAUGUCGGAAUCCCGCAAGGCCAAGCGCAAGGUGACCAAGAUGAUAAUCAUCGUAGCUGUGCUCUUCUGCAUAUGCUGGCUGCCACACCACCUGGUCAUCUUGUGCAUGUGGUUUGGCUACUUCCCGCUCAACCACACCACCUACGUCCUCCGCAUUCUCUCUCACCUGGUGGCUUACACCAACUCUUGCCUCAACCCCAUUGUGUACGCGCUGGUGUCCAAACACUUCCGGAAAGGCUUCAGGAAAGUGUUCGGCUGUGCGUUCCAUAACCGGGUCGUAAACCGGGUUCACACCAUCCAGCCGGCGCAGACGGUGAGCUUGGUGGAAGCGGCUUCGAGCGAAGGCUCCAAUCAGAGCGAGGGGUCAUCCCGGGGUUGCCUGUGGAGCAAAAGCGGCAGGAAAAUGAUGACAAGCACCUUUAUGACAUUUAAUGUGACAUAACCUUUUGCACUCAGCGUUUAAUAACUCUUUUGUUCCAGAGGCUUUUAAAAGCAUUUGUGACAUGGUUAUGUAAGAAAAGUUGUUAAAUAGAAAGGAAGCAGGGCUUUUGUGUUCUCAUGAGGACAGUGACUGAUGUUUAAAAUGCUCUCUCGCGUCUGUGUUUUCUCAAUGCUGGCAGCUUUCGUCGCGGUGCGGUGGUGGCUGUGUUGUGCGACUGUGCAGACCCUUGUGACACAUGGUUUAGUUUUCCAGAGGUGCAGUCUGGUUUAUUAUCGGCGCACAUUGCUGGCACCAAAUGGUUUUGACGUUGAACAUCCGUAACUAUUUGAUCCAGCAAAUCUCUGAAUUAAUAAACGACUUCUUUAUUAAAUCUCAAUGUAUUUUUAAACCUUGCCUGAGCUCAUUUAGGGAUCUGUUGUGUAGGAAACGGUUUGGUUUAGUUCACAAGCGUUCAUGGACAAACACAAAAAACUGUUGAUUUUGUUUGCACCAUUAAAUACUUACAUUUGUGUCAGUUGAAUGUCAACAUAACGUUUUUACAAUGUUUUCACUGGGAUCUGUAAUCACAACCAAAUCUAUUUUUGCUCAAGUUCAGAAAAAAUGUUUGAAUAACAACCAAUGAAUUAAAGUGAAAGUUCGCCCAAAUUAAAAAUCUGUUAUCAUUUACUCACCCUCUUGUCAUUUCAAACCUGCAUGACUUUUUUCCGUACAACAGAAAAGAAGAUAUCUUGAAGAAUGUUGUAAACCUGCACCCAUUUACUUGCAUUGGUUUUGUGUCCGUACAGCUUUAUUCAAAAUAUCUUCUUUCAUGUUCUGCUGAAGAAAGACAGUCAUACAGCUUUGAAAUGACAAGUGGGUGAGUAAAUAAUAACAUAAUUUUCAUUUUUUUGGUG